GUAUAUAUAGCCCCUCGACCCCGACUCAUUGCUCCACACAGACAGGCACUCACACUCCGAUCAGUCAUCGCAGUGGCAGCGCACUAGCUUCAGCUAGCCACUCUCCUCCACUUGGGAAUUUGCUUGCAUCAACGACAGCAAUGGCCACCGCUGAUGUCCAGAACCCGACUGCUGCGCUGACCGAGGAGGCGCCUGCUGUGGAGACACCGGCACCGGCCGUCGCCGCCGAGGAGGUCGCGAAGACCGAGGAGGUCCCCGCGCCGGUGGAGGCCGCAGCUGAGGUGCCUGCACCCGUCGAGACCAAGGAGGCUGAGCCAGCAGCUGUUGAGGCGGAGGAGACCAAGGAGCCAGAGCCAGCAGCCGCGGCCGAGCCUGAGGUCGAGGCGCCCAAGGAGGAACCAGAGGUAGAGGCACCAGCCGCAGUCGAGGCAGAGACCAAGGAAGCCGAGCCCGAGGCAGUGGCGGAGCCGGCGGUCGCCGAGCCAGAGGCCGCCGCUCCCGCCGUCGCUGAAGAAGCACCGGCGGCGCCCGCACCGGAGGAGGCGCCCGUGGCCGUAGCGGAGGCUGAGCCAGCCGUUGCGGCGGUGACCAGCGAGUGAGCUCGCGACCGCGCGCGGAGGAGCUGGCUCAGCGUCUCAUGCCAGCCGUGCCACGGUGGCAGUCGAUCGCGUGUGCUCCUACGUGGCACGGCGUGAUGCUUAGUCAGCCAACUGAGUGGAGUGCUACUUUUUACUAGGUGUCGGGUGGUGUGAGCGGUGUCGCGUGACGUGGGCUAAAUAAGUGUGGUCGAGUGUGGAUUCCAGUGUCGGCGGCACUGCACUUCGCCGUGUGUCUGUUUCGCGUAUGAAUGCUGGAUAUCGAGUUUGUGUGUUGGCUGUGUGAUA